AUGUCUGCCCCUGACGCCCCCGAUGCCCCCGCUGCCCCCGUCGUUCCUGCUGCCCCCGCCGUUCCUGCAGCCCCCGACGACGACUACAACGACUACAAGAAGUACCUCGAGACUGAAGAUGUGGCUACCCGCAGAAUCGGACUCUUAAUCUUCCUCUUGAGGUGCACGCCCAGUGCUGCUGUUAAGGUGAACCCACUGCCAGAAGAGAGUGAGCUGAUCAGGGUAUACGCUCAGCUUCAGCAAGAUAUCAGGAACCUUCCUAAAUAUGGUACAUCCUUGGAAAAGGAUUUCGAAACUUGGGCGAAGCUCGGCACCUACCCUUGGAAGCCGGCAUUCACUCUUAACACGGGGCAUGAAAAGAAUUGCGCAAAACGCCUCUUUCGCGUCUGCCUGCUUGCCAAGGAACUCGAGUGGGAGACAGAGUCUUGGAGCAAGGGGAGGAUCAAGCAGGAAGUCGGGUGGUUCCUCGCCGGGAAAGUGUAUGGCGGGGGUCUUUUUCGGAUCCGAAGUCAAAGCAGCGGGUACUCUCCGGAGAACCCUGGCGCAUUCUCCACGACGCGGGAAAAGAAAAUGGACAUACGGAUGAGGGAAAGGACCUCCCCAAUGCCAGAGUACGAGAAAAGCCCCGAGAAAAUUCUCCAGAUGCCAGCGGGGACAUCACGCCGAAAUGCGCUAUUCGUCUACAUCUGGCGCUGCGUCCCCGCAGUGACGGAUAACAUAAAGAAGCCAAACCCAGAGAUCCUCAUCAAUCUAUACGAUCAGCUCUAUGUCGCGCUCCAAAGCGUCCCCGAAUACAGCGACGAUCUAAAAGGCGAUCUCAAGCAAGCGAGAGAGGGGGGGGACUAUCCAUGGAAUUCGCACGUUUCUACCAUGGCCGGGAAACGAUGGGCUGUGAUAUUCUUCCGGCUAGCUCUUCUCAUGAAACUUGGAGUACGACAAGUAGACGGAGUCUCGGAAGAGGAACAACACGAAGGAGUGUGGAAGGAAGUCAUGGCUCAUGUUUUUGAUGACGAGCUUGGGUAUUAUGGAGGCUUUUCAAAGAGGCGGUUCUUUUGA